AUGUCGACUUCCCGAGUGAUGCCAAUUAGCAGCACUGCCAGCGCCCACGACUUCGAUGCCCUCGAUCCCGACUCGUACACUGCCCGCCGACUUAAACACGCCUCUCCAGAGCAUCUUCAUCUCACCUCCCGCCGCUUCUUCAUAGGUCCGAUCCCCGAAGGAUGGCUCAACAGCCACCGAAAGGAAUGGUACAGGCGAAGAAUCCAACUGAGCACGUAUUCUUCUCGAAGAGCGAGCUUCCGCGCCGCCACAGACCAAGACCUCCAUCAUCGAACGUGGACUAGUCUUGAAGGUCCUUCGACCGCUGCCAGGGUGAGCUUCAGCUUUCCUCAGCCCGAAGAUGUUUCCGAUCGAGAUUCAGGAGCAGACGAGACCCCAGAUGCCGAAGAAGAGGACCAAGAGGAAGAUGAGGAGCUGGUUGAGCCAAGAGAUAUAGAGCCGGUGUCGACAAACGAUGUGUCCCAUAUCCUGGGGAUCGAUGGCGAGAAUGAGCAGGACAACAGAGUUCCCAGGUCUCUGCCAGUCCCUACAGACAGAGGCACGGACGGUGCCAGCGACAACCCCAAACCUGGGCCGAGCGCACUGAAGUCUCCGAAACCUGAAUCAUACAGAACUGCCUAUGAAAAUCCAUUUGGAGAUUCAAAAGCAAUCACACCUGUGAUCAAUCCACAGUGCUCAGAACAUGACAAUGACCGUACUGAGAGUGUCGGGCAAUGCUUGAACAGGAGCUCCAUGCAGCCAUCAGCAUCGACUGUAGACAAUGUGGAAACCAACUCCAGGACGGCCCUCCUGGGGGGUGACCGUUCAAGACCGGACGCAAAAUCUCUGCAGCGUCAUGAACCUGCCCCUUUGGAUGAUGACCAGACCUAUCACCUCAGACGGACGAGCACAGGUGUCAGAUUCAAAGUCUCGGAAGGAGUUCAACGAGGUCAACAGAAGGUGGUCAACAAAGCCAUUCGCGUGCAAGACCGUGUUGUCAACAGGAGAUUGAGACGCAAUACUCUUCGAGAGGGGACUGUCGUCAAAAUGGAACGCAUGUUGGUGCGAGUGGAUACGACUCUGCAACAAGUCCCCGAAGAUUUUGAUGAGAACGAGAGCAUCAAGAUCGAGACGAGAAUACUAGAGAAAUGGCGGGAGUUCAUGGUCGUGGCUAGAAAGAGCAAGAAGCAGGACGUCGACGAUUACAGGCUUCAAAUUUACAAAACUCGAGUCAUCCCAGAGAUUGAUGACGAGUCAACCAAAAAGAAACCAAAACAUGAGAUCAGACUCGAUCCCAAGACGACAAGAGUCAAUUUGUACUCUUCUCUCGACAAGACCGUUGUUAUCUGGCAUCCAUACAGAAAAGGGACGAGAAUCAUUGUGAUGAGGCCCCGUUCCCAGGCACAUUCUGUGGAAUGGUACACUUUCCUUAGGGACGCCCUUGGCUGGGAACGGCCUACGACACUUCAAGUCAAUGUCCCGGACCUGGAUGUAACGUUGCGACUGGAGAGGCCAUUUGAAGGACUCGAAGCAGCUGGAGUGGAUGCAGCAGACGAGGCGACGGCCCUGGCUCGGACGGUUGCUGCGGAGAAAGCUGUAGCCGGGAAGAUCAUAUCCGAGUGCAUCGCCAUGUUGGAACGCGACCCUGAAUGGUCGAACGUCUUGAAUGUGUGGAGCGAGACAGCCAAGAUGGGUCUCGCGUGGAAGAGAUACGACCGGCUUGAAUGGGUACAUGGGGCCAACGAGCAGAAGAUGUAUGGCUCCAUGGCAAUGGCCCGAUCCCAUGAUUUGGAAUUGCGACCGAAACAGCACUACCCUACCUCGACAUGCGGCAGAAAGGGAAAUCAUCACGAGGAGCCGCCGCCAAUUGAAGGGUUCUUGAUUCGGUUGACGUCGCAGAAGGGGGUACACAAAAAGAUGGGCAAGGCAUUCUUCAAGCGAUUAUAUUUCUCGACGCACAAUCAGUUUUUGAUGUUCAACCGUCCAGCAAAGGCUACUCCGCCUCAUCCACCACGACUCGCGACGAAAAAUGGGAGCACUGUUCCUUCGUCACACGAAAUCGUCGAAAAGACGCCACUGAUGUACGGCAUCGAGCCUUACAAACUAAGAAACGGCCAUGUUUCGUGGCUAUCCUCGGGCAAUCGGAUGACUUUGCAGAGCCAUGACCGUGAUGCUGUCGAAGAGGCUCGGCGGAAUGUGGCAAACAUCCUGGAAGCGGACGGGUAUAUCGACAUGUGCAACAUCCGACAUGUGCGUACCAUAAGAUGGGGUGCCUCGCCCGUUGACGAGGUGCUUGAGACUGGAUCCAGCUCUGACGUCGAUUUUCACCGGGAGGUUGCUGAUACCAGGCACGAGGACGGAUCGACGCAUGAAAUCGACGACGAUCGAGUCUUUGAGCUCGUCCUCGGCAACGGAUUGGUCGUUCGUCUGCAAGCAUACUCGAAGCAGACACGCCACGAGUGGAUCCGGCGCAUGAAAGAAUUGGUGAAAUACUGGAAACUUCGAACGGCUGCUGAGAUGGACACCUUUAAAGCCAUACGAAAAGCCAACCUCGAACAGCUCAACGUCGACGAAGAAAUGGAAGCCAUCAUCGGUCAAUUUGCGAAAAAGUGGGAAGUUAGCCGCAGUGAAGCAAGCCCCGAACUCUACAACAUGUGCGCAAUAGGCAGUUGUCGCAGCACCACAAUUUCCGGCUCCCUGUAUCUCAAAACGCGCCGACGAGCCACCUUUCAUCGGUGUCAGGUUAUUCUUGCUGGCGGCAAAUUGCUAAUUUUCCAAUCGGCUUUGCGAAAGAGAACUGGCGAACAAAUCCGAUUCAUCCACCAAGAGAAGCAGCAAGACGUGGAUCUGAAAGAUUGCUAUGUCUACAGUGGUCUGAUUGUUGACGAUGACCUGCUAUACCAGAACCGCACUUUCGAUGCGAACCGCGCCGGUAUGGCCAGCCUGCCUCGGGUGUACCUUGAGGACGGAUGGACGAGCGCGGAUGUCGAUGUCAUGACAUGUUUCGUGGUGUGGAUGAAUAGGAGAAAGGGUUGGUUCAAGACAUCUAGGAACGGAGAGGCUGCCAACGACUCUUGUGAAGAUGGAGGCACACCCCGAGGCCGCACCCGAGCGAGGCUUCGUAGAGUGGGCCAGCUGGGCGUGCCGGGGCGAGGAAUGGUCUUCAAGUGCCGCAGCCGCGCCGAAAGGGACCACUGGGUGUUGAACAUUGCCAGCGAGAUCGAGCGUGUUGUUGAGCAUGAAGUCGAGGAGUUGGGCGACGAGGGCGAAUUCCGAUUCGACAAAUGA